AUGUUUGAGCCUGACAACAAGUUCGACACCACCGACAUGGCCGCUGCUCUGAGUGCCACCGGCAGUGACGCUGGCAAUGACGCCGGUAGUGAUGGUGGUAGCGAUGCUGCUAAGCCUGUCGUCCUCGAGCCGCCGCCUACCGUCCCGAUCGAGGGUGCUGCUGACCGCGCUCGCGAGCACGGUUUCGUUGCCCCGGUCGCCUACGACUACGACAGCUACAACGUGAACUCCAAGGAAGAGCGCGAGGCUGCCACAGCCGAGGGCCGCUACGUUGAGCCUGGUUGGGCUGCUGGUGCCGCCCGCUAUGAGUGGGACGACGAGUACGGUGAUGUCGGCCCCGAAGACGCCAGGCUCGAGGAGGAUCUCUUCCGCAAUGAAAUAAUCAUGCGCAAGGGCAAUGCCUUUUCGGUCCUCGAGUACAAGAUCCACCAGGAGGGCCCUAUUCAGGUGGCUCCUAUUCGCAAGUUCGAGGAUGCUGGUCUGCACCCGGCCAUGCUCGACAACGUCACGCGCCUUUGCCAGUACGACAUGACGACGCCUAUUCAGGCUUACACCAUCCCUGCUGUGCUUCAAGGCCAUGAUGUUGUCGGCGUUGCUCAGACUGGUUCUGGCAAGACUGCGGCCUACCUGAUUCCCAUCUUGUCGCGUUUGAUGGGAAAGGCCAAGAAGCUGGCUGCCCCUCGUCCCAACUUGAGGGAUUACAACCCCGAGACUGACCGUGUUCGUGCUGAGCCGCUCGUCCUGGUCAUCUGCCCUGCUCGUGAGCUUGCGGCUCAGAUCUUCGAUGAGGCUCGUCGCCUCUGCUAUCGCACUCAGCUGAGGCCGUGCGUCAUCUACGGCGGUGGUCCCCCUGUGCACCAGCGUAUGGAGCUUGAGAAAGGUUGUGACAUCCUCAUUGCCACUACUGGUCGCCUCUGCGACUUCAUGGACAGGCCUUCUCUCCUCUCCCUCAACAGACUCAAGUACACGGUCAUCGACGAGGCCGAUGAGAUGCUCGACGGUGACUGGGAGAUGGAGCUGAAAAAGAUCUUGAACGGUGGCGACAACAAUGAGGAUGCUGACCAUGCCUACCUCAUGUUCUCGGCGACCUUCCCGCGGGAAGCCCGUGCUCUCGCUCGUCAAUACCUUGCUGAGGAUUACAUUCGCAUCCGUGUCGGCCGUGCCGGCUCCACGCACAACAACGUUACCCAGAAGAUUAUCUGGGUUGAGGACUCUGCCAAGGACAAGGCUCUUCACGACCUUCUCUUCUCCAUGCCUCCUGGUCGAAGCAUCAUCUUCGUCAACUCCAAGAGGAAGGCCGACUUGGUCGAUGACUUCCUCUUCAAUCGCGGCCUUCCCUCGACCUCUAUCCACUCCGAUCGUACCCAGCGUGAGCGUGAAGAUGCCUUGCGCUCAUUCAAGAUCGGCAAGUCACCCAUCCUCGUUGCGACCGGCGUCACUGCUCGUGGACUCGACGUCAAGAACGUGAUGCACGUCAUCAACUACGACCUCCCCUCCGCUCAGUAUGGCGGUAUUCGUGAGUACGUCCAUCGCAUUGGCCGUACCGCCCGCAUCGGCAACGAGGGCUUGGCGACGUCCUUCUACAACGACAGGGAUGAUGAUAUCGCCGACGACCUUGUCAAGAUCCUCAUGGAGCGUGAGCAGGAGGUCCCCGACUUUCUCCAGGACCGCGCCCCUGCUGAAGGCGAGCCUCUCGAAUUUGACGAUGACACUGAUCAUGAGGAGGAGGAAGCUGCUGCGGCAGCCUUCAACAAUUCCAAUGGCGGUGCUUCUGACGCUGGUGACGGUGGUUUCCAACCUGAGGAGACGACUGGCCAGGCUGAUGAUUCUGCUGGCUGGUAA